AUUCUUUACGUUCUUUACGUUGUAAAGUCAUGGCAAAUUCCAGUCGAGAUAAAACUCUUAAUAAUGACAAUUAUCGAGUCAUUGUUGAUGGCUUAAAAAAGAUCUACAGUCAAAAAAUCAAAUCUCUUGAAACUACUUAUAAUUUUGAAGGGUUUCAUUCACCUCCAUUAACAGACAGUGAUAUAGAAGCAAAACCUAUUGUUCUACUUAUGGGGCAAUAUUCGACUGGAAAAACUACCUUCAUAAAAUACUUAUUAGAGAGAGAAUAUCCUGGAAGUCACAUUGGCGUAGAACCAACAACGGAUCGAUUCGUUGCUGUGAUGAAUGGUGUAGAAGAGAAGGUCAUUCCUGGCAAUGCUGCAGCUGUAGAUUCACAUUUACCUUACCAAGGACUUAACAAAUUUGGACAAGCAUUUUUAACAAGAUUUCAGGUUUCACAAUUUCCGAGUCCUAUCCUUGAGAAUAUGACGAUAAUUGAUACUCCUGGCAUUCUAGCUGGCGACAAACAACGACUUGACCGUGGUUAUGACUUUACUUCUGUGAUCGAAUGGCUUGCUGAAAGAGCAGAUUUGAUAUUAUUAUUUUUUGAUUCUCACAAAUUGGAUAUUUCCAAUGAAUUCAAGUUGGCAAUCAAUUCAUUGAGAGGACAUGAGGAAAAAGUCAGAGUAUUACUUAACAAAGCCGAUAUGGUCGAUGGUCAACAAUUAAUGCGUGUGUAUGGUGCUUUGAUGUGGUCACUCGGAAAAGUUGUCCAGACUCCUGAAGUAAUGCGAGUUUAUCUUGGCUCAUUCUGGUCAGAAAAACCUUCUAAUGCAUUUGAGGAUUGUAGACCAUUACUCGAUGCUGAACAAAAAGACAUGCUAAAAAGUCUCCGUGAAUUGCCACAUAAUGCUACCAUCAGAAAAAUCAAUGAGAUUGUUAAACGAGCAAGGAUAGCAAAG